AAAAAUAGGGAAAGUUACCUAAUCACCCAUGGAUGUGAAAAUCCCACCGAAAAGAAAAACCCCAAUGUGUUCUUCAUAAUAACCCCUUCUCUCUCCUUCCUUCCUGUUCUCCCCUUCUGGCCAGGGUGGUCUCAGCUGUCUUUCCAUCUUUACUUUUUCUCUCAUUUGUUUGAAUCCCAGACAAAUUAUCCAGGUCAACUAAUUGAAGAUUGAAAACCUCCAUUAAUUUUUGGUUCAUAAAAGGAAGAUUAAAGGGAAUUUGUUAGAUCCCACUUAAUUUUACAACUUCUACCAUGAACAAUCUUCUUUCGGAUUCGUUUGAGAUUCCUCGCGAGGUAUCAUCUAGACGUGGUGACCUAGAGAUGGGGAAUCUCCAUAAUUCUGGAGAAUUGGGCUUGCAAAAUUUUUCUGAGAAGGUUCAAGAGGUAGAUAAACAAUAUGGGAAGAUCAAUGAACUCCUAAGGAAGCUUCAGGAUGCCCAUGAGGAGUCUAAGUCUGUUACAAAAGCUUCUGCUAUGAAAGCUAUUAAAAAGCGCAUGGAGAAAGAUGUAGAUGAAGUCCAAAAGGUUUCUCGGCUUAUAAAAUCAAAAAUUGAAGAGCUUGAUAGAGAUAAUUUAUCAAGCUUGCAGAAACCUGGAUGUGGAAAAGGAACAGCCAUUGAGCGGGCUAGGACAGCACAAACAGUUGCUCUAAAAAAGAAAUUGAGGGAUAAGAUGGCAGAGUUUCAGACUUUACGUGAGAAUAUUCAUCAUGAGUACCGGGAAGUCGUUGAACGACGUGUUUACACAGUAACGGGUCAAAGAGCUGACGAAGAGACAAUUGAGCGAUUGAUCGAGACUGGAGAUAGUGAACAAAUAUUUCAGAAAGCAAUACAAGAGCAAGGUCGUGGUCAGGUGAUGGACACACUUGCAGAAAUACAAGAGCGCCAUGAUGCUGUUAGAGAUGUCGAGAGGAAGCUUCUUGAGCUCCAACAGAUAUUUUUGGAUAUGGCGGUUUUGGUUGACGCUCAGGGAGAUUUGCUCGACAAUAUAGAGUCACAGGUUUCUAAUGCUGUAGAUCAUGUAAACUCGGGGAAUACUGCUUUGCAAAAGGCAAAGAGCCUACAGAGGAACUCACGUAAAUGGAUGUGCAUAGCAAUCAUAAUCCUUCUCAUCGUUGUCGUUAUUGUCGUAGUUGGGGUUCUAAAGCCAUGGCAAAACAAGAACGGCGCUUAAUCUACUUCUUUCGGUACAUUCUAUAUAUAUAACAAUUUUAUGUUCAUUUUUCAUCGUUGUCUUGUAAUCUCGUCUGGUUUUGCCCGUGUAAUUUUCUUUCGUUUUCUCGUUCGAAUACCUUGGCCGUGUAAUAUUGCUCUUGCCGAGUGUCGAUACUGCCAUCUUUUAUGUUGGACAGGCUUUAUAAAAUUCUUUGCUUGAUGAGUUAUCUGAGGAGCUAAGCAUAAUGUUCUUUC